CCCUAGCGGAACUUUUCUUAUAGUCCCAAUUCUUCACUUCUAGAAUCAAUGGCUGAAGAAGAGAAAUCGGAGGCUAUUAUGCCCGAGUUGCCACUCGGCCGAGUCAAGAAACUGGUGAAGCUGGACAGGGACAUUAACAAGGUGAACUCAGAAGCUCUCUUCCUCAUCUCGUGUUCCACGGAACUCUUCCUUCGAUUCCUAGCCGAGCAAUCCGCAGAAAUCGCGAUUCAGAAGAAGCGAAGGACGGUGAAGCUCGAGCACUUGAGAAUCGCGGCCAAGAAGCACCGGCCUACUAGGGAUUUCCUCCUUGACUCGCUACCGGUGCCUUCCCAGCCGUCGGAUCGGCCACCGGCAGAUCGGAUUCGUCCUCAGCCAGCCGCUGAGAAACCACUCCCGGCGGGAACUCGCCGGAUCGACGAUUUCUUUCGUAAGCCGGAAAAGGAAAAGCCAUCUGAGGUCAACGAUUCCUAGCUGUUGAGGUCGUGUGGAGGGGACGAGCAAAACCGAAACGCCGCAUUUUGUGCUUUUGGCACCUCUAAUCUAAAAACACGGGGAGAUUGAAGUUUACUUCACUUCUGAAGCCAGUUGCUCUGAGUUUUAAACCAGCACCAGAAAUAAUCAAUUAAUUGGAAAGAGAUGAAGCUUGCGAGUAUAUGGAAACACAGUGGGAUCUCGAUAGAAGAGUGUUACAUGCUUUCAAUUGAUUUGAUUCUGUUUCCAAAGGCUUCUAUUAAGUUGUUGUUGACAAAAUUGAAAUUGAUCUAUUGCCAUCAAAUGCAGUUAUGUUUCCCAUU